UUUAAUUUUUUUAUUUAAAUAAUGAUUUAUUAUAUAUAUAAUAACAAGGACAUAAGAGUCUUUUGUCACUUAAUGAAGAAAAUAUUUUUGAAAAUGUCUCUUUACUGGUGGUAAAAAUGAAAAGUGAUACAAUGAAAGUGGUAAAAAUGUAAUUUUUCCAUUUAUACAAAAGUGUGUAAGUAACUAAGAUCAUCUCCAACCCAUCUCUAUAAUAUAGAUAUCUAAAAUAGAGAAAAAAAUAGAGCUAGUGUUUUUGCUCCAAUGUGUUCCUUUAUAAUAGAAGAAUUCUAUAUUUGCCUCUUAAAGAGAGAAAAAAAUAGCAUUCCUCUAUUUAUAGAGGCUAAUAUAGAAUUCUUCUAUUAUAAAGGAACACAUUGAAGCAAAAACACUAGCUCUAUUUUUUUUUCUAUUUUAGAGAUCUCUAUUAUAGAGAUGAGUUGGAAAUGCUCUAAAAUAGAUGGGUUGAAGAUGCUCUAAGGGAAGUAUACAAUCUAAAAUUUGAAGUGAAACACAUUAAAAUGAUUUACUGUUAUUAACAUUGUUAUUUUAGAAUUAUUUGAAAACCUAAUGAUUUGAAGAUACUUUGGUGGAACCUUUUAGUAAAAAAUAUAAAAUUCUAAAUCUCAGGAAUAAAAUGUUCUAUUUAUAAUCAUAGUAGCAAAUUUCCUAAAUCACUUAAUCAUCUAAUAAGUCAUUAAAAAUCAAAUUCAUCCAAAUGAUCUAAAAGACUCAAACUGAAUACGCAAUCCUAAAUUAAUUUAGCGUUUAAUGUGACGGUGUGAAUUUUUUUUUGUCAACAUGUGACGGUGUGAAUAAACGCAAAAAUUUGACGAACUCAAAAUCAAUAAAUGCAAAAAAUUGACGAACUCAAAGCCACAUGUAUGGUCUUUGAAGCUCACCCCAACCACAUACAUGUUUUCUCUUCUAUCCUUUUGGAUGUUCUGUUAUUCUCAUUUUGUAUUGUCUUUUCAUUACCUUUGUUCACUUCACAAGAGACCUUUGUUUCUUUUCAUUCAUUUUAUUUUAUUUUGUUUUAUUUUGAAGCCACCAACCAAUAUGUAUAUUCAAAAUCACCUUAUUUCAAAACGAUGCUAGCAUUUUGAGUUACAACAAUGUUUAACAGUUGAAUCCAUGUUCUUCUGAAGAAGUGAACAAAGGUCUUACGACGUUUAAAGUCAUAUAUGAAGCCAGGCUUGCAAAUUAACUAACAAACAAAAUCAAACCAAAAUCAAACCAAAACCGAACCGAUGUUUACAAAUAUUCAAACAUCUAUAACACAUGAUGUUUGCAGAACCGAAAAAUAAAUAGUAACGCUAUAACAUCUCACAUAGUUUGUAUCGUUUUGUCACUGUGUUACUUCUACAAAUAAACUACUGACAUGAUUCACAUGACAUCUACUGAUCUGUACAUAAAUUGUUAGCACUUGUGUAUGGGAAAAAUCAAAACAUGAAUCUCUAUCUUGUUACACUUUUUUCAGGCUUUGUAAAACUUAAUAAUACUGUACUCAACAAAAUCUUUUUUUUUUCCCAGUCCCAAAGAGGACAUUAAUAAAAAAUACCAAAACAUGAAUCUCUAAUCUAUAUCCAAAUAUCUACCUCAAUUUUAUAAAAACACAGAGCUCACCAGAGCCACUAUUUAUUAUAUUUUCCUCAUUGUUUUUUUUUUCUUUCUCCAGUAAAUCAUAUUUGGAUUCUUGGUGAAAAUAGGGUUAAAGAGAAAGUCCCGAAGUUUCAGCGUUACGUAGGAUUUUCAGCAACAUAUAAAAUCUGGAAUAUUUGUUCUCUCUCUUUGUUCCUGUCUCUAUCAUCUGAGCUUUUCAUAUUCAAAUUUUGAGGUACAUUUAUUCAAAACAAAAACUUUUGAGGUACAUUACUGUCUCUGUUUAUCUUUCUUUCUCUCCUAUAAAGAAAAGAGAGAGGAGGAGUUUAAAUGUUUUUCUUCAAUAUUAUGAUUUUUGGAAUUAGAAAUUGUUAAAUUUAUACUAAUUCCUGAAUUUAGACAUGGUAUACAAAACAGCGAGAGAAAACCAGGCGUUUCGCCUUCUUUAAUUUGCAUUUUUUUGUGAGAUUAUUUUUAACUUAUGUUAAAAAGAAAUUUCAAGCUGGGGCAUUCAAUUUUGUUAUAUACUAUUUUGAAAUAUGUGUCAUCAUCACGUGUAUCGGAUGUUGGAUAUUUGGAGUUAUAUCAUAGCCGUUUUGCAAAAGUUCAAUUUCUGUUAGCUGUAUAUAUAUAUAUAUAUAUAUUCACUAAAAAUUCUAAUUUGAUAGUUAAGAACUUAUAAUUCAAUAAUCUCUCUCUGUGUUUCUUGAUUCAUCAAAACGGUACGGAGAAGAACGAGAAGGGUGACAAGAGGUAGUACAUACAUCUUCUUAAAUCUUAAACUGUUUAGUUGUUAGCUUAGUGGAAGAAAUUUAAGAAGAUCAACUUAAAAUAACUUUUAUUGAAAAUUUAGCUAGCAUCUGCAUAAUUCGGUGAUACACAAUUUGUAAGCAAAGAUGCUUUGUAGAUACUUGUACAACAAGUCAAUUCUAAUGUAAUUAAUCUUAAUUUUGUUGUAGAAAAUGGUCGCAUUCGGGAAGAAGCUCAAGGAAAGAAGCAUUGAAGAAUGGCAAGAAUAUUACAUCAAUUACAAAUUGAUGAAGAAGAAAGUGAAGCAAUAUGGUCGACAAAUCGAAGUAGGAAGUCUAGAUCGUCGCCAUGUUCUUAAAGAUUUCUCAAGGAUGUUGGAUCAUCAGAUAGAGAAAAUCUCUCUUUUCAUGCUGGAGCAACAAGGUUUGCUUUCAAGUAGGUUGCAGAAGCUAAGGGAAUGUCAUGAUGCACUCCAAGAUGAGCCUGACAUAUCUCAGAUAUCUAAUCUAAGAGAAGCUUAUAGAUCUGUGGGACAAGAUCUUCUCCAGCUUCUGGUUUUCAUCGAUACGAAUGCGAUUGGUAUCCGUAAGAUACUGAAGAAAUUUGAUAAAAGAUUUGGCUAUAGAUUCACAAACUAUUAUGUCAAGACUCGUGCUGAUCAUCCUUACUCUCAACUCCAGCAAGUGUUCAAACAUGUGGGUCUUGGAGCUGUUGUUGGAGCCAUAUCUCGAAACCUUCACGAGCUUCAAAACAAUCAAGGAAGCUUCUUAUCAAUUUAUGAUCAGCCUGUUGUUCCUCUUCAGGAUCCUGUGGUGGAUUCAAUCAAGAAUGCAGUGGACAGGCUAACACGUUCAACAAACUUCCUUAAUUUCAUGGCUCAACAUGCUCUAAUCAUGCAAGACGAAGAUUUGCUGAUUCAUGAAGAUCAAGCGGAUCAAGAAGAAGGGAGAUAUCACUUCAUGUCGCUCUUGUUAAACUUGGCAAACACGUUUCUCUAUAUGGUCAAUACAUAUAUCAUUGUUCCUACAGCAGAUGAUUACUCCAUGAGCCUUGGAGCUGCCGCAACGGUUUGUGGAGUUGUGAUUGGUGCAAUGGCUGUGGCUCAGCUCUUCUCUUCGGUUUACUUCAGCGCCUGGUCCAACAAAUCAUACUUCAAACCACUUAUUUUCAGCAGUAUUGUUCUUUUUGUUGGGAACCUAGUUUACGCUUUGGCUUAUGACUUCAAUUCAUUAGCUCUUCUAUUGAUUGGCCGGCUAUUCUGUGGAUUUGGUUCAGCAAGAGCAGUGAACCGGAGAUACAUAAGCGAUUGUGUGCCUUUGAAGAUCCGGAUGCAGGCUUCAGCCGGUUUUGUUAGUGCAAGUGCUUUAGGAAUGGCUUGUGGUCCUGCUCUUGCCGGUUUACUGCAAACCAAUUUCAAGAUCUACAAUCUUACCUUUAACCAGGAUACACUACCCGGUUGGGUUAUGGCUGUUGCUUGGCUUAUGUACUUGGUCUGGUUAGCUAUUUCUUUCGUGGAACCAGCACGUGACCCUGAAGAGGUUCAUACUUCACAAGAAUCUAACUCCGCUGAUCAAGAUGGAAACAUGGAGAAGGGGAUUACAAAACAGCUAUUACUUGCACAAGAAGAAACAGAACAUGAUGAUGAAGAUGACUGCGAUGGAAGUGAAGAGUCUGCUGAAGAUUCACGUAAACCUGCUAACUCCUUUGUAGCUGCAUACAAACUACUCACUCCUUCAGUGAAGGUUCAAUUGUUAAUAUACUUCAUGCUCAAGUAUGCAAUGGAGAUUCUUUUAUCAGAAUCAAGUGUGGUUACCACAUACUACUUUGGUUGGUCCAUGAGUUCGGUUUCAAUCUUCUUGUUCUGUCUUGGUCUAACUGUUUUACCGGUUAACCUCGUUGUUGGAAGCUAUAUCAGCAACAUGUUUGAAGAUCGGCAAAUUCUGUUGGCGUCAGAGAUUAUGGUCUGUGUUGGAAUACUUCUCAGCUUCCAUGUAGUAGUCCCUUACACCGUGCCUCAAUACGUUAUCUCUGGAUUCAUCAUGUUUGUUUCUGCUGAAGUUCUUGAAGGUGUGAACUUAUCGUUACUAUCGAGAGUGAUGUCAUCGAGGCUAUCACGUGGGACGUACAAUGGAGGGUUACUGUCAACUGAGGCGGGCACCAUCGCUCGUGUGAUUGCUGAUGCGACUAUCACCGUUGCUGGGUUCUUGGGGCAGAGUAUGCUUUUGAAUGUUACUCUGCUUCCUUCUCUUAUUAUAUGUGUUGGGUCUAUUGUAGCUACUUGUUUUACUUUCAACUCCCUGUAUUAGUGUUUCUUUCACAACUUUUUCUGCAUAGAACUCCAGAUUUCAGAGCUUUGUACCAGCAUUGCAAGCACGGUUUGUAGUAUUGUGGUUAUGGACAUGCUUAUCUUUGUGUACUUUAGUGUUUGGUCAUAUAGAUUGUACUUCAGACCGUUUCAUAUUUACUUAUCUAGUAACAUUUCUUUGUCUA